AUGCUCACGUUAUUCUUCUUAGAGCCCCGGACCCAGGAGGCCCAAGGAACUGGAGGUGCCCCUGAGGCAGCGAGACCCCAGAGGAAGGGCGCGAGCCCCGCAGACGACUGUGCACCACCCCAGGCUGGGCUCCUGUUAGGAGGGGGUGCUUGUUCCCAGGCAGUGGUAAGAGGACAGCUGGGAUGGCGGGGGGGCCCUUCUCCCCUUCUCAUACCCACCUUGACCUCUCCCUUUAAGCCCAGCCUUCUCCUCUCAUCCUCUCCUGGCCUCAAGCCUCCAUCCCUGCCCCUGCAGGCUCAGAGGCAGCUGCUCCAUGCAGAACUGAAACUGGUCCUGCAGCAGAAGGGAGAGAGGAAGCAGGAGUCUGGGGCCCAGGUGACUCCCAGCAGCGCCAUGGAGGCCAGGAGCCGGAGUGCUGAGGAGCUGAGGCGGGCGGAGUUGGUGGAGAUCAUAGUGGAGACGGAGGCGCAGACCGGGGUCAGCGGCAUCAACGUAGCAGGCGGCGGCAAGGAGGGAAUCUUCGUCCGCGAGCUGCGUGAGGACUCACCUGCGGCCAGGAGCCUCAGCCUGCAGGAAGGGGACCAGCUGCUGAGCGCCCGAGUGUUCUUCGAGAACUUCAAGUACGAGGACGCACUACGCCUGCUGCAAUGCGCCGAGCCUUACAAGGUCUCCUUCUGCCUGAAGCGCACUGUGCCCACCGGGGACCUGGCGCUGCGGCCUGGGACCGUGGCCGGCUACGAGAUCAAGGGCCCGCGGGCCAAGGUGGCCAAGCUGAACAUCCAGAGUCUGUCCCCUGUGAAGAAGAAGAAGAUGGUGGUGCCCGGGGCCCUGGGGGUCCCUGCAGACCUGGCCCCUGUUGACGUCGAAUUCUCCUUUCCCAAGUUCUCCCGUCUGCGUCGAGGCCUCAAAGCCGAGGCUGUCAAGGGUCCUGUCCCAGCUGCCCCCACCCGCCGGCGCCUCCAGCUGCCUCGGCUACGUGUCCGAGAAGCGGCUGAAGAGGCCCAGGUAGCCCGACUGGCCGCUGCCACUCCUCCCCCCAGGAAGGCCAAAGCAGAGGCCGAGGUGGCUGCAGGAGCCCGAUUCACAGCUCCCCAGGUGGAGCUGGUUGGGCCUCGGCUGCCGGGUGCUGAGGUGGGUGUCCCCCAGGCCGCAGCCCCCAAGGGAGAGGUGGCCCCUGCAGCUGAGGUAGUCAGCGGCUUUGCCCUCCACUUGCCAACCCUUGGGCUGGGAGCCCCAGCGGCACCUGCCGUGGAGCCUGCGGCUGGAGGGAUCCAGGUCCCCCAGGUGGAGCUGCCCACCUUGCCCUCGCUCCCCACUCUACCCACACUUCCCUGCCUGGAGACCCGGGAAGGGGCUGCGGCAGUGACGGUGCCCACCCUGGACGUGGCAGCGCCUACCGUGGAGGUGGACCUGGCCUUGCCUGGUGCAGAGGUGGAGGCCCGAGUAGAGGCGCCUGAGGUGGCCCUGAAGAUGCCCCGCCUCAGUUUCCCCCGCUUUGGGGCUCGAGCAAAGGAAGCUGCUGAGACCAAGGUGGCCAAGGGCAGCCCUGAGGCCAGGGUGAAGGGGCCCAAACUUCGAAUGCCCACCUUUGGGCUUUCUCUCCUGGAGCCCCGGCCCGCUGCCCCUGAAGCCGUUGAGAGCAAGCUGAAGCUGCCCACCAUCAAGAUGCCCUCCUUUGGCAUCGGGGUCUCGCCGCCUGAGGUCAAGGUGCCCAAGGGGCCUGAGGUGAAGCUCCCCAAGGCCCCAGACAUCAAGCUCCCCAAAAUGCCCGAGGCGGCCCUUCCAGAUGUGCGACUCCCAGAGGUGGAGCUCCCCAAAGUGUCAGAGAUGAAACUCCCAAAGGUGCCCGAGCUGGCCGUGCCAGAGGUGAGGCUUCCAGAGGUGCAACUCCCGAAGGUGCCCGAGAUGAAAUGCCCCGAGAUGAAACUCCCGAGGGUGCCGGAGCUGGCCGUGCCAGACGUGCAGCUCCCAGAGGUGCAGCUGCCCAAAGUCCCUGAGGUGCAACUCCCGAAGGUGCCCGAGAUGAAAUGCCCCGAGAUGAAACUCCCGAGGGUGCUGGAGCUGGCCGUGCCAGAGGUGAGGCUCCCAGAGGUGCAGCUGCCGAAAGUUCCUGAGGUGAAACUCCCCGAGAUGAAGCUCCCGAAGGUGCCCGAGAUGGCUGUGCCAGAGGUGCGACUCCCAGAGGUACAGCUGCCCAAAGUCUCGGAGGUGAAACUCCCCAAGUUGCCCGAGAUGGUCGUGCCGGACGUGCACCUCCCGGAAGUGCAGCUGCCAAAGGUGUCGGAGAUGCGGCUGCCGGAAGUGCAGGCGCCAAAGGUCCCAGAUGUGCAUCUGCCAAAGGCACCUGAGGUGAAGCUGCCCAAGGCUCCAGAGGUGCAGCUAAAAGCUGCCAGGGCAGAGGAGGCAGAGGGGGUGGAAUUCGGCUUCAAGAUGUCCAAGAUGGCCGUGCCCAAGCUGGGGAGGGCAGAGUCCCCAUCUCAAGGCAAGCCAGGUGAGGCUAGUGCUGAGGUCUCGGGGAAGCUGGUGACACUCCCCUGUCUGAAGCCAGAGGUGGGCAGCGAGGCUCGUGUGGGUGUCCCCCCUCUCACACUGCCCUCAGUGGAACUAGACCUGCCUGGGGCCUUCGGCCUGGAGGGGCAGGUCGCAGCAGCCGACAUGGGCAAGGUGGAGCAGUCAGAAGCCCCUGGGGUGGUAGCAGGGGUCGGGGAAAUGGCCUUCUGGUUGCCCUCCGUUGAGAUCGUCACGCCACAGCUGCCCACAGUGGAGGCUGAGGAAGGGCAAGUAGACGUGACGGAGGUGAAAGUCAAGCCUUCCUCCAAGUUCUCCCUGCCCAAGUUUGGACUCUCGGGGCCAAAGGUGACCAAGGCAGAGGCUGAGGGGGCUGGACGAGCCGCCAAGCUAAAGGUGUCCAAGUUUGCCAUCUCCCUCCCCAGGGCUCGGGUGGGCACCGAGGCGGAGGCCAGAGGAACGGGGGAGGCAGGCCUGCUGCCCGCCCUCGAUCUGUCCAUCCCACAGCUCAGCCUGGAUUCCCAUCUGCCCGCAGGCAAGGUGGAGGCGGCAGGGACUGAUGCCAAGCUCAGGGGGCCCAGGUUCGGCCUGCCCAAGUUUGGGGUCAGAGGCCGGGACAGCGAGGCCGGAGAGCUAGUGCCAGGGGCGGCUGAGUUGGAGGGCAAGAGCAGGGGUUGGGAUGCGAGGGUGAAGAUGCCCAAGCUGAAGAUGCCCUCCUUUGGGCUGGCUCGAGGGAAGGAAGCAGAAAUGCAGGGGGCGCGAGUCAGCCCCGGGGAAAAGCCAGAGUCCACGGCUGUGCAGCUUCAGAUCCCUGAGGUGGAAUUGGUUACUCUGGGGGCCCAGGAGGAAGGGCAAAUGUCCGCAACCAGGCAGGUGGGCGCCGAGGGCCAGGAUGCGGGGCCGAGGGUGCCGCUAUGCAUCUCCCUGCCCCAGGUGGAGCUGCCCAGCUUUGGGGAGGCUGGCCUGGCUGCCACCCCCGGGCAGCAGGCCAAGAGUGCACCUCCUCCAGCAGAGGGCACACCAGGCUAUAGGAUCCAGGUGCCUCAGGUGACCUUGUCUCUACCUGAAGCCCAGGUGGUGGGUGGUGAGCUGCUCGUGGGUGAGGGUGUCUUCAAGAUGCCCGCUGUGACAGUGCCCCAGCUUGAGCUGGACGUGGGGCUGAGCCGAGAGGUGCAGGUGGGUGAGGCAGCCACAGGUGAGGGCGGGCUGAGGCUGAAGAUGGCCACGCUGGGGGCUAGAGAUGCGGCGGGGGCUGAGGGGCCCAGGGACCAGCCCCCAGGGGCCGAGCGCACCUUCCACCUCUCGCUGCCCGACGUGGAGCUCUCCCCGCCCGCUGUGGGCAGCCAUGCUGAAUACCAGGUGUCCGAGGGCGAGGGCGAUGCCGGACACAAGCUCAAGGUGCGGCUGCCCCGGUUCGGCCUGGCACGGGCCAAGGAGGGGGUUGAGGAGGCCGAGAAGGCCAAGAACCCAAAACUCCGGCUGCCGCGCGUGGGCUUCAGCCAGAGCGAGGCGGCCGGUGGGGAAGGCUCCCCCAGCCCCGAGGACGAGGAAGAGGAGGGCUGCGGGGAAGGGGCCUCCGGGCGCCGAGGCCGCGUCCGAGUCCGCUUGCCCCGUGUGGGCCUGGCUACCCCUUCCAAGGCCUCUCGGGGGCAGGAGGGCGAGGCGGCCCCCAAGUCACCUGGAGGGGAGAAGUCACCCAAGUUCCGCUUCCCCCGGGUGUCCCUAAGCCCCAAGGCCCAGGAGGAAGGUGGAUUCCGGGUCCGGCUGCCCAACGUGGGGUUUUCGGAGACCCCUCCAGGCCCCGCGAGGAUGGAGGGGGCUCAGGCUGCCGUCAUCUGAAACCCCUCAGCAGAGGAAGACUCCCCUCCCGUCUUCCCAUCCUCCUCCUCGUUUUGUGUGUGAGAUAACUAGCACUAACCCUCAGAGGGCUGGGAGGCGGGCAGCUGACCGGUCAGGGCCCGGGAGUCCGUGCCUGGCUCUUUGGCGGGAGUGCUCGUGUUUUGCCAAAGCCACGUGAAUAAAAUAAUCC